UCUUGCUUCUCCCCCUCCCCCCCCUGUUUCUCUCUCUCUGCGCUUCUGGCUAUGGAGGAACCGAAGCUGACCCAAGAGCUCAGAGAGGAGAGGCUUGAGCAAAACAAGCUCAAGCAACGCGAGGCGAGCCAUGAAGUUCGACUGGCUGCACUAGCCAUCACCUUCAACGCACGGCUGAGAUCAUCGGACAUGCCCCUCAACAUGCAAGAGCAUGCUCUGCGAUACACCAGAUCACUCGUCGGCGAUCCAUCUCCUUCCUCCUCGAAGCCCCGUCACAACCCGACCCACUUAGCUCGAGCUCUCAAAAAGGAGUUUGACUCGGUGUAUGGACCGGCGUGGCACUGUGUGAUAGGGAAGAGUUUCGGGUCGUUCGUGACUCACACGGCGGGUGGAUUCGUUUACUUCUCCAUUGACUCGCUUUUCGUCCUUCUCUUCAAAACGGAGGUCCACUUGGUUACGCAACCACCACCCAUUUUGUCUAAAUGAUCUUAUUGGCUUUUCUUAAUUGUAAAGCUUUGUCUUUUUUUUGAACGAGUGCACUAUGAAUUUCGUAAGUCUUAAUACUUUAGUUAUAGUGAAGUGUUAUGCACAGAGAGAUUGUCGCGUAGAGAGAAAAUUGGGCUGAUGACAGAAGACAGAUUAUCUGGGUGAGAAAAAAUAGGUUCUUGGAGUUUUGUAUUACAAUUAACGAAACUUUCAAAUGAACAUGGCAUUGUCUAAGCAUUGCAAACCUUGAAUUUGACACUCCAACAAUAUUGUUGGAAACUGGUGAUUCAUGAAAAGGAAUAAAAAUGAAAACUUGCUUUAGCUAUGCAAAGACA